AUGACAGAGUUUUGGCUUGUCACGUCUGAUCAUGCGAUGCUCCAGAAAUAAACUCUAGCCUACAAAGUCUGUGUUACUGGGCAGUUUCGCAGAGGCAGAAGCAACCUGCUGCAGAGGAGGAAGAAGGUGCAACUUAUGGGCUGUCUUUGAGCCCUAGAAACUCUAACAAGCUCAUUUCAUUCACUUGGAAGUAUAAAGAACUUACAAUGGCGACUCAGGUUUCCAGCUCCCGUCCUGCAAGAAGCAUUCUGGGCUCAGAGGAGUAUAGCCUGUAUAGCAGUAUGAGUGAAGAGGAACUGAUUCAGAUGGCCAUUGAACAAAGUCUUACGGAGAACAAUUCUGGCCCAACAACUGCCCACACUCAUCAGAAGCUGUCAGCCAGCGUCAAUACAGAGGCAACAGCUGCCUGCCGCAACAACAGGCCCACUGCUAGACAAGCACCCAUGGCAGCCAACACUAGGAACAGGGGCCGCCAGCCUAGUGCUGCACCGCCGCCCACCCCGGGGUCAAACCGGAGCAUCAAGAGGUAUGAUGGUAGUUACUGCAACAUCCCACUGCCCGCGGAGGAAAACAUUGUUGAGGAGGCAAUCAUGAAAGGAGAUGUAGACUCUCUAAAUGAAAUUAUGAAGUCAGGGAAAAAACUUUGCGAACCUAACAAAGACGGGUGGCUUCCCUUGCACGAAGCUGCCUAUUAUGGAUCCCUGGGGUGCGUUAAAUUGCUGCUGAAAGCUUAUCCUUCUACUAUUGACCAACGCACGCUGCAAGAAGAGACAGCACUGUACUUUAGUACUGUGAGGGGACACAUGGAUUGUAUGAUUCACUUGCUGCAAUCUGGUGCUGAGCCAGAUAUUGCUAAUAAGUCCAGGGAAACUCCACUUUACAAAGCCUGUGAACGGAAGAAUCCAGAAGCUGCGAAAUUUCUGGUCGAAUAUAGGGCAGAUGUGAACCAUCGUUGCAACCGAGGUUGGACAGCUCUGCAUGAGGCUGUAGCAAGGAAUGCUAUUGACAUAAUUGAUGUUCUGGUGAAGGGAGGAGCAAAGAUAGAAACAAAGAAUUGCUAUGGUAUAACCCCUCUGUUUGUUGCUGCCCAGAGUGGACAAAUGGAAGCAUUGAGAUACAUUGCCAAAUGUGGAGCAGACAUCAACACACAAGCCAACGACAAUGCCUCAGCUCUUUUUGAAGCCAGCAAAAAUGGCCAUGAUGAUAUUGUGGAGUUCCUUCUGGCACAGGGCGCUGAUGCCAAUAAACCCAACAAAGAUGGAUUACUACCUAUUCACAUCGCUGCUAAAAAGCGAGACAAUGAUGACAUCGUGUCAAUGCUCAUUCCCGUGACCAGUCGUAUCAGAGUGAAAAGAAGUGGCAUUAGUCCUCUCCAUAUAGCUGCAGAACGCAACAAUGAUGAUAUUCUGGAAGAGCUCAUCAACGCAGGCUAUGAUGUCAACUCCACGCUUUCUUUUGACAGAGCCAGAUUGUAUGAAGACAGACGCAGUACUGCUCUAUAUUUUUCUGUCAUGAAUAAUAAUAUUAACGCAACCCAAAUGCUCCUGGAAGCUGGAGCUAAUCCCAACAUAGAUAUUCUCAAUCCACUGUUAAUCUCUAUUCGCCAUGGGUGCUGCAAAACUAUGAAAAUGCUUCUAAAUCAUGGAGCUAACUUAAAUACCUACAUCUCUACGCAUCCUACAUCUUUUCCUGCCACCAUCAUGUUUUCCAUGAAAUACGUGAGCUUGUUGAAGUUCCUUUUGGACCUUGGAUGUGACGCAGACUCCUGUUUUAAAUGUGAAUAUGGCAGUAGACCCCAUCCUCCCGUUGAAGAAGCCACACGUCACUAUGAUACAACUUAUAUCCCAGAGCGUAAACAGCCAAAAAUUGUACAGUUCUGUGAAAUGAUUUCUACACCAGAAAUAAGUCGUUGGGCUGGUCCCAUCAUUGAUGUUCUUCUGGACUACGUUGGCAAUGUCAAGCUUUGCUCGCGGUUACAGGAACAUUUAGACAGCUAUGAGGGGUGGGCUUGUAUAAAAGAGAGAUCACAGCUUCCUCGAUCUCUUUCUCACCUGUGUCGAUUAAAAGUCCGAAGCACUAUUGGAACAGACCGCAUCAAGCUGAUCCACACAUUGCCUCUUCCAUGCAGAAUGAUCCGCUAUCUAACCUAUGAUACAUCCAAUCAGUAUUAGUACUAAUUUGGUGACCGCAUACGUUUUUACUAAUAAUAAAAGCACAAUGAAUGGGGAAGAGUCCUCUGAAUAAGUGACAGCUGGAUAGCAGAAUUGUGCCACAAAGACAAUGAAUGCACUGGACCUGUGUUCUUUGGAAUAUCUUGAAUGAGAAAUCUGAUGUUCAUAUUGAAGCCACUUGCACCAAUGGACUGCAAGAGAAAAAGCAAAUGCUUGAAAUGGCAUAAAAUGUAAAGAAAAAUUCUAGGGUAGGAAGGGAACGGUUGUGACCUUCUUUUGUUAAUGGUUUUGUAAAGUUAAUAGAAGUGGGAUGUCUCAUUGACAUAGGUAUGGGAUCUGUUAUCCGGAAAUAUGUAAUCCAGAAAGCUCCCAACUACAGGGUGGCUGUUUACCAUAGAGUCCAUUUUAGCCAAAUAAUCCAAAUUUUUAAAAAUGAUUUAUUUUUUUCUUUGUAAUAAUAAAACAGUACCUUGUACUGAAUCCAAACUAAGAUAUAAUUCAUCUUUAUUGGAAGCAAAACCAGCCAAUAAAGAUCAAAAUUACAGAAAUUAAGUAAAUGACACUGUCAAUGCCUAUACUAAACUAGGGUGUUUUGCUUUAAAGACAUAAUGAUAAAAGCCUUUGAGGGAAAAUAUGUCUUUAGGCAAAGUCUGACAUCUGAUCAUGGCGUUACAUUGAAAAAAUAUAGAGAAAAUUGAAUUUUUCUUUUUCAAUUUUUCUUUUAACUACAGAAUCAUAUUCAAAAAGCAUAUGCACUCCUAAACUAGUUUACACCACCUCUAAUAGGAUCCAUUAAAAUAUUAUUCCCUUUUAUGUAGAAAUUGAGUUAAUUUGCACACUCCAGCCUAGCCAUUCCACACAAAUAUAUUGGCUAAAGAUUUUAAAAUGAAAGCCCAGGCUACGUCACAGUGGUUUCCACUAAUUUAUGAAAAUGAGAGUGCAGUGUCUGCUUCACAGCCUGCCAUCCAGCUCAGUUCUGUAUAAUAAAGGCAGAGUCUGGACACAGCUCAUUACAAUGCUUGUUUCACAAGAGGUUUCACACUAUAUAUAUUCAGCCCAACAGUAUAUUUUGGCUAAAUAUCUCGUAAUCCUCCAAACCUAAAAUGAUACUGAUGCUAUUAAACUACUCUUCAAAAUAUUAAUGUAUAUUAAGGAGAUUAUUUGAUUUUUAGAGGAAAAAAACUUUGAAGUUUUUAGCGGGGAAAAAAGAGAAUAUUUUAGAUUUAUUAUACCCCAAAGCUGCAAAAAGUUCAAAUCCAUCUCAAACCUGUCUAGGUCUUGUAUAAGUCAAUGAGAGAUGUCCCUUUUACAAUUGAAGAUAAUGUUAUCUGCGCUAAAUUUCGUCAGAUAAUCCGAAAAAUGUUAUGUUAAUGAAUGCAAAGCUUGUAGAAAAUGCAGCGCAAAAUCACAGGACCUGCCUUUAAAAAUAUUUCUGCAGUUGUCACCUUAAAUGCAAUAUGCAUGCCAUUCUGACACAGGUAUUUUGUAUAGUUUUUUUUAGUUAUUUUUGCAGGCUGUUCUCGGACUUUUCAACUAUAUAGCAAAAUAAGAAUUAGGGUAAUCCUCAGUUUCAAAUGUCUAGCACUGUAAGCAUUUAGCAUCCAGUUAAUAAUAUAAGAAUUAGGAUAAUCCUCAGUUUCAUAAGUCUAGCACUGUAAGUAUUUAGCAACCAGUUAAUAAUACAGUUUUGCUGUUUUACUUCUCUCAGCAUGAUCAAAGAGUGCAGUUAUAUGGCAUGUGAUUAGCUAUAAGUAAGUAGAUAUAAACUGUAAGUAAAUAGAUCUUCAUUUGCACAGAUGUGUGACAAUCAGUUAUGUUUAUUCUCAUUGUAAUCGGUAACAUCUUAUCUGAAUUAUAAUGUUCCAUUCAGUCCAUACUGCCAAAUUAAGGCACGAUGGGCAGAAAACAAUGCCAGCAAAUGCGUUCAAAUUCCUCUUUGUUAUAUACAGUAGGUCAGUAGUGACAAGAAUUUAGGCUAUGCAUGUUUAAAUGUGUGGUUUAUUAACAGUUAAAUUGUCUUUGGCACAUGACAGGCAUUGUACAUAAUUCCAUUCUUGUUUCUUUCUCAGACAUCUUCUAUAAAAUGUCUUUAUUUGGUACAGGGCCCCUACAUUUGGAGUUUAUUAUGCUAUUAAUUCUGCAUGUGGCCUGUUAAUGGUCCCUUGCUGAAUCACAUGAUUAGCGCUCGCUAAUUCCACUUCUGUCUCAGAAGUCACAUAUAGUUUUUCUGAGCCGUCAGUACAAACAGACAGCUUUUCUCAGAAAGCAUUUUUACAUGAAUACUCAGAAUAUUAUCCUAUAAACAGAUUUUAGAAACAUUUGUUCCACUUAAAGAAAUGACAGUUCUCGAUGUUUUCAUGAGGAGAUCGAAAAUGUUUUAGGGCUGGUGCAUCCAGCUAAAGUUAAGGUUCUGGAUUAGGCUGCCUACCUUUUAUGGGCCAGUUCUGUUUUAACUAUUAUCUAUCGGGGCACUUUCAUUUAAAAUGAGCCAUGACCAUAAUUAUAUGAAUUUAUUUGUACAUUUAUUUAUGCUCUUCUGGAAACGUGAACACUACCAACACAGGCAGAAAAACAUGCAUUAGAACCCAGGUUCUUCUCCUGUACUAGUGUUAUCAGACAGUUCACUUUUUCAUAAGACCAACUGCUUGAGGAUCAGUUACUUAGGGGCAGAUGUAUUAAGGGUGGAAUAUCGAGGGUUAAUUAACCCUCGAUAUUCGACUGGCGAAUUAAAAUCCUUAGACUUCGAAUAUCGAAG